GUACGAGGCGCGACGAGCAAAUCCAUCCCACCUUGGGUUUCAUUGCUUGACGCCCACUCCCACCCCCCCCGCAGUCAAAUAAUUCUCGCCUUCACCACCGCUCAACCACUUUUCAAAAUCCCUCAAUUCGCUCGACAAAUCGAUUGGACUCUCUUUCUGCAGCCUAGACAGCUAGAUUCGUCGGUCCUGCACACGUUUCCUGAUAAACAAAACACACACGUUGUGGCCUUUUGACGCUUUUUCUCACCUUCUUCAUCUCCUGCUCUUUUUUCCUCACAUCCCCACUCGAGCUUUCAAUUCAUCAAUCAUGUCUGGCAAGAAGGCUGUUCACUUUGGCGGUGGCAACAUCGGCCGUGGCUUCGUUGCUGAGUUCCUUCACAACUCGGGCUACGAGGUCGUGUUCCUCGACGUGGUUGAUAAGCUCAUCAACGAUCUGCAGUCGAUCGACUCGUACACUGUCACCGAGAUUGGUGAGGACGGCAAGCAGGAGUUCAAGAUUACAAACUUCCGCGCCAUCAACAGCAAGACGAACGAGGAAGAUGCGAUCAAGGAGCUGGAGACGGCCGAUGUCAUCACCUGCGCCGUCGGUCCCAACAUCCUCAAGUUCAUUGCUCCCCUCAUCGCCAAGGCGCUUGAUGGCCGCAAGAAGGACACACCGGCUGCUGUGAUUGCUUGCGAGAACAUGGUCGGCGGUACAGAUGCUCUCAGGGGCUUCAUCGAGCAGAAGAUCUCGGAAGAAACCAAGGCGAACCUGGAUUCGAAGGCACGCUUCGCUAACUCGGCCAUUGACCGCAUUGUGCCACACCAGCCGGAAGGCAACGGCCUGAACGUGCUCAUCGAGAAGUUCUUCGAGUGGUGCGUUGAGUCCAAGCCAUUCGGAUCCGCAGGCCCACCGCCAAUCAAGGGUGUCCACUUCGUCGAAGACCUGAAGCCGUACAUCGAGCGCAAGCUCUUCACCGUCAACACCUCACACGCAACCGCUGCUUACUAUGGCACGGCUAAGGGCAUUCCGACCAUCGACAAGGCCAUGGCCGACAAGGAAAUCCACGACCACGUCCGUGCCGCCCUCAAGAACACCGCAAACCUCAUCAUCAAGGUGCACGGUGUCGAUCCCAAGGAGCAGCAAGACUACGUCGAGGCUAUCAUUAAGCGCAUCUCGAACCCAGCGCUCGAGGACAAGGUCGAACGUGUCGGCCGUGCACCCCUACGCAAGCUUGGUCGUAAGGAGCGCUUCAUCAACCCUGCCAGCCAGCUUGCCGACCUUGGUGAGGAUUACAGCGGUCUGCUCGGCCCCAUUGAGAUGGCGUUCAGGUUCCAGAACAUCCCAGGCGACGACGAGUCUGUGGAGCUGGCCAAGAUCUUGAAGGAGAACAGCGCCGAGGAUGUGGUAAAGAAGGUGUGCGGCCUCGAGAGUGGCAAGCUGUAUGACGAUGUCGUAGCCAUCGUCAAGAAGGUGCAGGGCUAAAUCUAACUCGCCCCCCUGUAGCACAUUAUGCCGCACACACGAUGUGACGGGUGGAUCGUACUGUCACACUCUUAGGCGUAUUUCACGAUCGCAUCAUCCAGAUGCUGCGCAUAGACGGGCAUGGGAAAAUGUAAAAUCUCACAAUUGACUGCGAGGGACGUACAAAGUAGCUUUAUGAUGAAAUGCAGCGUAUAUACGAUAGCGAAUUGGACGUGGAAUCCCUCUCCUUGA